GCCCCUUCUAAUAGCGAAUUCUUUACAGGUUCAUCUGCUGCUGAUUGGUCACAGGAUGGAGAAUUCAAUAGUUGGUUAGAUCAUCAUAUGCUUGAUAUGGAAAAUGCUCAGGAGCUCAAGAGAUGGUCCUCGAAUCCUCAACCUUCUGCUCAUUUUGCAGAAGCAAAACCUUUGUACAGAACAUCUUCGUAUCCUCAGCAGCAACCGCAACUUCAUCAUUUCUCCAGUGAACCAAUUCUUGUGCCAAAAUCAACUUUCACAUCUUUUCCACCACCUGGUAGCAAAUCUCAGCAGGCUUCACCACGCCACCUAAAUAUACAUUCUCUUACUGGUGGACCUCAAUCGCCUUACUCUGCACCGAAUCUCUCUCCAAUUUCCAAAUCUAACCUUCAUCUGGCCCUUUUGUCCCAUGGGUUCCAUUAUGGUGGGAAUUUGCCCCAAGUCAUCUCUUCUGGCCAUUCUUUUAAUAGCAGGCCACAAAAUCACUGGGUUAACAACGCUGGUGUCUUGCAUGGAGAUCAUUCUGGCCUCUUACAUAAUUUACUACAAUGGCAAUUACCUCACCAAAAUGGCCCAAUGUCGCAACAGUUGUUAUCAGCUCAGCAGCAGUUGCAGCAGCAACAAAGACUGCACCAACCAGUUCAAUCAUCUUUUGCCCAUUUUGCAGCACUCCAGUCUCAACUAUACAAUGCACAUCCUUCAUCAACACAUAAAAUGAUGCUUGGAUUUUCUGAUACUAGGGAUCAAAGACCUAAAUCAUCACAUAGAGGCAGACAAAAUAUUCGUUUCUCUCAGCAGGCCUCUGAAACUAGUUGUCCGAGAAGUGAUAGUGGCUUUCAAUUUAGGUCCAAGUAUAUGACUUCUGAUGAGAUUGAGAGUAUCCUUAGAAUGCAGCAUGCAGCUACUCACAGCAAUGAUCCAUACGUAGAUGAUUAUUACCACCAAGCUCAACUGGCCAAAAAAUCUUCUGGGUUGAGAGGGAAGCACCAUUUUUACCCAUCUCACUUGAAGGAGGUUUCUACUCGAGGCCGUAAUAGUACAGAACAUCAUUCACAUGCCCAUGUUGAUGCUCUUGGCAAGAUGCCCCUCCCUUCUAUACGUAGGCCUCGUUCCCUACUUGAAGUCGACUCUCCAUCUGGUUCUAUUGAUGGAAGCUCAGAACAGAAAGUCUCCGAAAAGCCUCUAGAACAGGAACCAUUGGUUGCAGCUAGAGUUACCAUUGAAGAUGGCCUUUGUCUUCUUCUUGAUAUCGAUGAUAUUGAUCGGCUCCUGCAGUUCGGUAAGUCCCAGGACUGUGGGUCUCAGCUCAGGCGGAGACGGCAAAUCCUUUUGGAAGGGUUGGCAACGUCACUUCAACUUGUAGAUCCAUUUAGCAAAAGUGGCCAGAAAGUUGGGCCUACUCACAAGGAUGAUAUUGUGUUCUUGCGGAUAGUGUCACUUCCAAAGGGGCGAAAGUUGCUCUCCAGGUUCCUGCAGCUACUCAUCCCUGGAAGUGAGCUAACUCGAAUUGUAUGUAUGGCUAUUUUCCGUCACUUGAGGUUUCUAUUUGGUGGCCUUCCCUCUGAUGCACAAGCUGCGGAGACAGUCACAAAUCUUGCAAAGACAGUUUCAACGUGUAUUCAAGGCAUGGAUCUUCAUGCAGUCAGUGCUUGUCUAGCAGCAGUUGUUUGUUCUUCAGAGCAGCCACCACUCCGACCCCUUGGUAGCCAUGCGGGGGAUGGUGCCUCUCUUGUCCUGGUUGCUCUUCUUGAAAGGGCAGCUGAAGUAAUCAAUCCUGCUGUCAGCUGUAGCAGUCCUAAUGAUGUCCUCUGGAGGGCUUCAUUUGAUGAAUUUUUUGCACUGCUUACCAAGUAUUGCCGGAGCAAAUAUGAAACCAUAUAUACUCAAAAUCAGGGAAGCUCAGAUGUUUUGGAUUUAGCUAUAAAGAGGGAAAUGCCUGCUGAGCUUUUACGUGCCAGUCUUCAGCACACCAAUGAGGACCAGCGUAAAUAUUUAUUAAAUUUUGGUCGCAAAUCCACACCUAUUAGUGGGUCCAGCUCUCAUGCCAGGAAUAGUGGCCAGAUAAAUUCUGAAUCCGUGAGGGGUUGAUGGAGGAUGGACCUGAUGUCAAAGGUGUCUUACACUAAAGCUGCUUUUCAGUAGUUCUCAAGACGUAUGGAGUGAAUUUGUGGCAAGUGGAUUGGAGCCUAGUGGCGUGCAUCUAUGUUGUAGGAAUCUGUUUUAAGGACUCAUUAUUAUCUGUUCUAUUUUUCUUCUUGACUUCUUAAAUCUGGAUAAAUUGUGUAUUGUGAUGAAAACUUAUUCGAUGGGAGUUUGUAACUGGAAGUCCCAUCUUCCGAGGAGCUUUAUUUUGGUGCGCUCUGCUGAAACUCCUGUCAAAACAGCAAACCUAGGGAAUAGGAGAAAAGGAAUAAGGGGGAUAUGUAUUGUACAGGGUGGGGUUAACGGAACCUUCUUUGUGCCCCAUGUCUUUUAUUUUUUCUUUUACAGGGACACCAGUGUUUUAUGUGGUGGAAAAAGGCGUGAUUCAUACACGUCGUCUGGUAACUAACCUGUUUGACGAGAUUUUUCUACAAAACGCACAAUCGUCUGAUCAAGAAUUUGUCAAUCUCAUGUUGGUCUCCUCUGUCUUGGCUUUCCCUGAGGAUUUCGUUCCAUAUUCCCUUAGGUUCUCGGAGUUACUUACAGACGAUUGUAUGAUGAUGUGAUGCAGUGCAGAAUAGUUAGUCUUUUGACUCUUGAAGUUACUUUAGGAUGGCCUAUGUUGGAGCUCAAAGAUUCUGUUCUAAACUAUUCUCACAGAAGAUUGAAUGAUACUGGUUGGGGUUUAAGGUCA